UCUCUUUCGGGUUUUUACACGUCAAACCGGAAGUGAGUUGUAUUCACUCUUGUCAGCCAUUCGUACACGUAAAAACUACAUAUUUACAACGAUUAGUUCGUGCAACAGGUUCAGUAGGCAACAUGCUUACUAAAUUUGAAACAAAGUCAGCUCGAGUCAAAGGGCUGUCCUUUCAUCCCAAGCGGCCAUGGGUUCUGACGAGCUUGUUCAAUGGAGUCAUCCAGCUGUGGGAUUACCGCAUGUGUACUCUGAUUGACAAGUUCGAUGAACAUGAUGGUCCAGUAAGAGGAAUUUGCUUUCAUUCACAGCAGCCAUUGUUUGUGUCUGGUGGAGAUGACUACAAAAUUAAGUUAUGGAAUUACAAAUUGAAACGAUGCCUGUUCACUCUGCUUGGACAUCAGGACUAUAUCCGGACAACCACAUUUCACCAUGAAUACCCCUGGAUUCUCAGUGCCUCAGAUGAUCAGACUAUACGCAUUUGGAACUGGCAGUCAAGAAACUGCAUCUGCGUGUUGGCAGGCCACAGCCACUUUGUCAUGUGCGCCCAGUUCCACCCUUCAGAGGACCUGAUUGUUUCCUCCUCGCUUGAUCAGACCGUCCGCGUGUGGGACAUCUCCGGCCUACGAAAGAAAAGCGUAUCCCCAGGCUCAAACUCUCUGGAAGAGCGUCUACGUAACUCGGGCCAGCCUGACUUGUUCGGCAUGUCUGACGCAGUGGUGAAGCACGUGUUGGAGGGGCAUGACAGGGGAGUUAACUGGGUCACCUUCCACCCCACACUUCCCCUGAUCGUGUCAGGGGCCGAUGAUCGGCAGGUGAAGCUGUGGAGGAUGAAUGAGUCCAAGGCCUGGGAGGUGGACACUUGUAGAGGUCACUACAACAACGUGUCCUGCUGCCUGUUCCAUCCCAGGCAGGAGCUCAUACUCUCCAACUCUGAGGACAAAAGCAUCCGCGUGUGGGACAUGAGCAAGAGGACUGGAGUGCAGACAUUCCGACGUGAGAACGACCGGUUCUGGGUUAUGACUGCACACCCAACACUGAACGUGUUUGCGGCCGGUCAUGACAGCGGUAUGAUCAUCUUCAAGCUAGAGCGUGAACGACCAGCGUAUGCAGUGCACGCAAACUUUCUCUACUAUGUGAAGGACAAACUGCUGCGCAGGCUGGACUUCACCACCAAUAAGGACCAGCCCUGCAUGCAGCUUAAGGGUGGAAACAAGACCCCAGUGUUCUCACUGUCCUACAACCCAGCUGAGAACUCAAUCUUAGUUGUUACUCGUACCAGCAAUGUGGAAAACAGCAUAUAUGACCUGUAUGACAUCCCGAAAGACAUUCAAGAUGCCAAGAACCCUGAUGCUCCUGACAGUAAGAGGUCCUCUGGUCUGACUGCUGUGUGGGUUGCCAGGAACCGAUUUGCUGUGCUGGACCGAACACAUUCUAUUGUGAUCAAGAACUUAAAGAAUGAGAUCACUAAGAAAGUGCAGACUCCCAACUGUGAGGACAUUUUCUACGCAGGCACUGGCUGUCUACUGUUGAAGGACAGUGACAGUGUCACACUGUUUGAUGUCCAACAGAAGAGGUCGCUGUCCAGUGUGAAGAUGGCCAAGGUGAAGUUUGUGAUCUGGUCAGGUGACAUGUCCCAUGUGGCUCUCAUCAGCAAACAUGUGAUCACCAUCUGCAACCGCAAGCUGGAGAGCCUGUGUUCAAUCCACGAGAACAUCAAGGUGAAGAGUGGGUCCUGGGAGGAGAGUGGGGUGUUUGUGUACACCACUAGCAACCACAUCAAAUACGCCCUCAACAACGGUGACCAUGGCAUCAUCCGCACGCUGGACCUGCCGAUAUACAUCACGCGUAUCAAGGGCAACAACGUGUUCUGUCUGGAUCGUGAAGGCAGGCCGAGGGUCAUGGCCAUCGACCCCACUGAGUUCAAGUUCAAACUGGCGCUCAUAAACCGGAAAUAUGAUGAGGUUCUGCACAUGGUACGGAAUGCCAAGCUUGUGGGUCAGUCUAUAAUUGCCUACCUACAGAAAAAGGGUUACCCAGAGGUUGCACUCCACUUUGUGAAGGAUGAGAAAACAAGGUUCGGUCUAGCCUUGGAGUGUGGAAAUCUGGAGAUUGCCCUCGAGGCAGCUCGUGCGUUAGAUGACCAGGUGUGCUGGGAGAAGCUAGGGGAGGCUGCACUACUGCAGGGGAACCACCAGAUUGUGGAGAUGUCAUACCAGCGCACGAAGAACUUUGACAAGCUCUCAUUCCUCUACCUGAUCACCGGGAAUCUGGAGAAACUGAAGAAAAUGACCAAGAUUGCUGAGAUUCGUAAGGACACCAGUGGUCAUUUCCAGAAUGCCCUGUUCUUGGGAGACGUACAGGAGAGAGUGAAAAUCCUCACUGGGUGUGGACAGAAGUCCCUGGCGUACCUGACUGCGGCUACCAAUGGCCUUGAAGCAGAGGCAGAGACCCUCAAACAAUCCUUCGGGGAGACCGAGCGGGUACCAGACCUGUACCCACACGCGACCAUGUUGACCCCCCCUGUCCCCAUCACCCAGCAGGAGUCCAACUGGCCCCUCCUCACAGUGUCCAAGGGGUUCUUUGAGGGAGCCAUGGCCGCCCGAGGGGCCCCUAGCAAGCUGGCUGCUGCUGACGACGUAGAGAUCGAGGGGGCAGGGGAGGGCUGGGGCGAUGACGAUAUCAAACUGGACGAUGAUGAUGAGUUUGGAGGUGGCGAGGAGGCUAAAGCAGGGAAUGAGGAGGGAGGUGAGGGGGGAGGCUGGGAUGUUGAUGAAGACCUUGACCUCCCUGCCGACCUUGACGUCCCGUCGACCCCGACUUCUGGAGGAGAGGGAUUCUUUGUACCUCCUACCAAAGGCACAAGUCAGGGACAGGUGUGGUGCAAUAAUUCGCAGCUGCCAGUGGACCAUGUACUGGCAGGCUCGUUUGAGACAGCCAUGAGACUUCUGCAUGACCAAGUGGGGGUGGUGAACUUUGAGGAGUACAGGCAGCUGUUCAUGGCCACGUACAGUCGGUCACGGACGUGUCACCAGGGCCUGCCUUCCCUACCACCGCUGUUUGGCCACCCACACAGGAACUGGAAGGAGGCAGGUGGCAGAUCGGGAGUCCCUGCAGUGGGUCUGAAGUUGAACAACCUUGUCCAGCAACUCCAGGUGGCAUAUAACCUCACCACAGCGGGAAAGUUUGCAGAGGCAGCAGAGAAGUUCAGAACACUUCUACUCAGUGUGCCAUUGCUUGUUGUGGACACUAAGCAGGAAAUAUCAGAGGCCCAGCAGUUGGUUGAGAUCUGCAGGGAAUACAUCGUGGGUCUCACGAUGGAGAUGGCAAGGAAGGACAUGCCCAAAGACUCAUUGCAGGAACAGAAACGGUUGUGUGAGAUGGCUGCCUACUUCACUCACUGCAAGCUGCAGCCUGUUCACCUGAUUCUGACACUGAGAACAGCCAUGACGCUGUUCUUUAAACUGAAGAACUGCAAGACCGCUGCUUCCUUCGCAAGACGGCUGUUGGAGCUGGGACCCAAACCGGAUAUUGCUACUACGGCCAGGAAGAUUCUAGCGGCUUGUGAAAAGAACCCAACAGAUGAACAAGACCUUAAAUAUGAUGAACACAAUCCGUUUGACAUCUGUGCAGCCUCUUACACCCCCAUAUACAAGGGCAAGCCAGUAGUGAAGUGCCCGUUGAGUGGUGCCUGUUACCUGCCUGAGUAUAAGGGACAGGUGUGCAGAGUGUCUAAGGUGACAGAAAUUGGAAAAGAUUGCAUCGGGCUUCGGAUAAGCCAAAUCCAGUUCCGAUAGGAAAACACAGUGACAAAUACAAACAGUGCUGUACAAAGACUUGCUGGGUUCUGAAUGAUUUCAUUGUUUAAAAAAAAAACUGCAUUCAUUUAUCAAACUUUAACUUGGAAAUAUCAUUAGAGAGGGUAUUGAUGUAUAUACUUCAUGUGUUACCAUGAUGUUGGAAAAGGCAUUUUAAAUCAUGAAAUAACAUUUGGAUUAUAAUGGUAUAUUUCGUUUCUUGAGAUUCUUUUAUGAAAAUGUUCCUGUGUGUUUGCCCCAGGUAAUAAGGGAUAAAUAGCAAGAAUUAAUUAAUCAACAUAAUAUUAACAGAGAAUAAAAUGAGCCACCUUAAAAUAACUUCUGUGGACAUGUUCAUCAUGAUGAAAAGGCUAAUACAUGUUGUCAUUGUUCCUUAACAACUAGUUGCUUUUUCUUUUAUUUAUGCUGAUGACUUUUUCUGUGCAAUGGUGAUUGUAAAUUCAUAAUUUUUUAGUGACAAAGUAUUAUUAAACUUAAAUGUUUACAACAUAUAUUGUAUGAAGGUUAUGCGAGAAGAAUAAACAAUAUUUAUUAUUU